GGGACUGAUGGCUGGCGCGUUACCUGAGUCAGACACAGCGGCUUUUCUCUUUUCUGUCCCUCCAGCUGACUACUGAAACAAACCGGGGAAUUAUUUGGUGAAGACAAUAUAGCAGCCGACGCAUCCAUGUGUGAGCGGUAUGAAUGGUUUAAAAUGGAUUAACCUCGAUCAGACAAUUUGUCAAUGCGUAACAGCUGUCGCGAUGUUUGGAUAAGCGCGAAGAAGUCUCGAAGUUGGGAGUUAUUGGAAUAAAACGUCCGCGGUUAUGUAAGGUUUCUGGGUUUGCUCGUCCAGGUCUCAUUAUUUCACUGAAACGCCUUCUUUUUUUCCAGCGAGCCACUUCCCUCCAUCGAGGGUAUGAGCGCAGAGGAGCAGGACCGGCUGCGCACCCUCUUCAAUGCCUACGACGCGGACAACUCGGGGCGGAUCGAGAGAAACGAGUUUCUCACCAUCUGUGCGGAGCUGCAGGUGUCCGCGGCCGAGGCGGACCGGAUAUUUGACCGACUAGACGUCGACAACGACGGGACCGUCACCCUGCUAGAGUUCAUCAGCGGCUUCCACGAACGCUACGGACAGGACAUGGAGUCGGACGGAGGAGAGGUGUCCGCCGCCUGGGAGAACUUCGAGAUGAGACUGGGAGAGCAGGCCAAGUUCAUCCCGCGGAAUGAACAAGCAGCUAUGUUGUACCAGAACAUCAGUCUGACUGAGCCCAGACUGAUAAAUCAGUUUGAGAAGGUCAUCAUAAACUUCACUAAAGAGAUCAAACAGCAGAACUCAGAGAUGGAGAGCCUGGCCCUCGCCAUCAAACGAGCGCAGGACCAGGCAUCUAUGCAGCUCAGUGAAAUGGAAGAUGAUAUGGACCAGCGCAUUCAUGUUGCUGAGAAAAAAACACGAGAGCAGGAGAAAAGGAAAACAGAGGCCGCAUUGAGUGAGUUACGGAGAAGUUAUGAAACUGAAGUGUGUGAGCUGCAGUGUAAGAUCCAGACCAUGCAGAUGAUAGAAGAGAAGUACAAGAACAUCACUGUGAAAGACGAGAGUCCAGCGUUGAGGAAGAAGAUCAAUGAGCUACUACUGGAGAACCAGAAGUUAAAACAGGAGCUGAUGAAGUCUCAGACUAAAGUUGCCUGUCUGUGCAGUGAGAUGGACUCGCUGAAGACGGAGCUGACCGAUCAAAGCAUCAACUCUGAACGCGACGAGGAGCUCAUGACACACUUCUCUGAUGAGCGAGACAUCCUGGAGAGCCAGAUCGAGAUUCUGCAGACAGCCAACAGGAAGCUGCACGACAGCAACGAUGGUCUGAGGACUGCCUUGGAGAGGACCAACAGGUCUAGUAACGCUGGAUCACCAGGAGACAUAAGGGACAGAAGCAGAAGUAAAAGCAUCUGCUACACAUCACCUUAUGCACUAAUGGAUCGGUUCUCCCAGCCUAUGUACAGCCGCCGACCCAGCUGUGACAGUCUGGCCUUGGCCAUGUGUGACCCAGGCCUGAAGCGCAGAAACAGCAGUGAGUGCGAGGAGGACAGCCUACCUGAGGUCUACAUGGACAGCGGCCUGUCGACACUCAGAGGUUCCCACGGAGGCUACGAUUCAGAGCAGGACGCCAAAGGUCAAGAAGAAGAGGAAGAGGAAGAGAGGGAGAAGAAGAAAGGGGAGAAUGACAACAAGGAUAGCGUGACGGGAGAGAACUCUGAUACUGAGCCAGCAGAGACUCAGGACAGUGAGUCAUCAUUUUGGUCAGACAGCAGCUCAGUUUUGGACUGGAAGCCAUCUGAAUCCAUUAGUGUGACCAAAACCCCAGCCCCAACUACACGAAAAGCCCUGAGUGCCAUCAGUGUUCAGAAGGAGGACAAGGACAGCAAGGACCUGGGCUACAUGACAUCAGAUAAGGCCUACAGGAUUGUGUUGGCUGGAGAUGCUGCUGUGGGAAAGUCCAGUUUCCUGCUUCGCCUCUGCAAGAACGAAUUCAAAUUAAACUCCAGCGCUACACUGGGAGUGGAUUUCCAGAUGAAGACUCUAGUUGUGGAUGGAGAGCCUGUUUUACUACAACUAUGGGACACUGCAGGACAAGAGAGGUUUCGCAGCAUUGCAAAGUCGUAUUUCCGCCGUGCGGAUGGUGUGUUGCUGCUGUACGACGUCACCUGUGAGAAGACCUUUCUUAAUGUUCGAGAGUGGGUGGACACGAUCGAGCAGGAUGUGUCCCAGGAGGAUAUUCCCAUCAUGCUCGUGGGUAAUAAGUGUGAUCUUAGACAAGAUCGAGCAAACUGUGUUCCUACCAGCUAUGGAGAAAAACUGGCCAUGACAUACAACACUCUGUUCUGUGAAACUAGUGCCAAAGAUGGCUCCAACAUCCUGGAGGCUGUGCUGCAUCUGGCCAGGCAGGUAACCAAACAGGCUGCAUUUGAUGAGAAAAGUGAUCAGUCGCUGCCCAACUUAGACGCUCCAAGGAAGAAACCGAACUUCUCCUGCUGCUCCUGAUCAAAUUCCUCAGAGCUGGAUCUCAUCACAGGUGAUUAAAGGACUACAAAUGCAAAAAGACUUCCAAAACAGAAAUGAGACAUAAUCUCUGCAGCAGUAUAGCAACAGGAACAAAUCAUCGUCGUGAACAACCAAAACAAGUAAACAUGUGGAUUAAGUUAGCCAACGAUCAUGGGAUCCCAGCAGAAUACUCGCAACUUCUCACAUCACAACUUGUCGUUGAAGGUUAUUUAUACAUGAUAUAUUGAGCUGUAUUACAGGGUCGAACUGUGAGUUAAUCUAUGAAUGUUUAAGUCAGUGCAAACGUCUUGCCAUGUGAAAGUUAUGUUCAUUUUUUAUUAUGCUAUUACACAUAUUUGCGUAAAUUCCUUCAACAUAUGAUUUGCACAGUUUGCUGGCACUUGUGAAGAUACUCCAAGCAAAUCAUGAAAAGAGAAAGACUAUGUGUGAGCUGUGUGAGAAGGAUUUGAAAGUGAAGCCAGGUAUAUGAGCGUGUUCAUAAAGUGACAUAAGAAUGUGACACUGACAAAUACCAGCAUGUGAGGACAGAUUCUAGCAUGUUGUGAUGGUGAGAAAACAAGACCAAGAAGAAGAGAUUCUUAUCUGGUCAUGCUAUUAACUGUGGUUAAUAGCUCUGAUUAUGCCAGAGCUCUGUUAUCAUCAGUGCUGGUUUGAAAUGAUCUGCAGCCUGUUUAUGCCCUAAAAGAAAGCAGGCGUUUGUUGUUCACGCCACCCGGAAUGUCAAACUAUAUUGCAAGUAAACUGCAUCGAUGGCCGACAUAGAGACACUAAGAAUUUUGGGAAAACUUAAAGUAAGAGCCGUAUCUUUGUUCAUGUACAAUGCACCCGGGUGCAAUGUGUUAUUGUACGGUAAAAGACUUCCUGCUAACGUCUCAAUCCACCAUCUUUGUUAUAUUACCCGACAGUGUUACUUUUUUUUUCAUUUUACUUGUCUGUUAUACAAGUUAUAUGACUGGAGCUGAACAUAUAGCAGAUCAUUCCCAAUUUUCACAAAUGCUUUAGAUAACUUCUGUCAUUUUAUUGUCUGGUAUGAUUAAUUAACUCAAAUUAGGUAAGCAUAAAAGUGAUGUGGCAGGAAGCAGAGCCCUCAUUUGUAUAUCUCAAAUACAGUACAUGACUGUUAUUCCUUUUAAAUGUGUAAAUGCUAUCCUGGCAAAUUGCCAUUACCAAUGUAAUAAAAUGUAUUAUUGUUAUUUCUUAAUAAUAACGUGAAAUAAUCUAAAAUGAUCAAGCUGCUAAACAGCAGUGUAUAAAAGUGUCAUCAUGCUUCAAAUCAGAUGCUCAAACAGCAUCUGAAACUUCUCACCCCCAAACAUUUCUUUAGUUGGAAUUGGGUUCCUGCGUUUUUAAAACUUAAUUUAUUAAAUUUCCAGACAAAUUGUCAUUUCAAGCUUCAAUUCAGAUUGUGAAUAGAACAGAUACAAGAAAGGAAAAGAGGUAAAAGAAUGGCAGAGACAAACAGAAACAAAAGACGCCUACCAAUGAAACUAUUCAAAUGAGUUAAAUAAGCCGCCAACACUUUUUGUGGCUGACAAUCUGACAACCACACCGACUUCACACAGUGACUGGCGCAGAGGUGAGAAAGAAAACAGUGUUUUACCUUUUUUCAGUAUUCACAUAAUUACUUCUGGCACUCAUGCUGUACGUACAAGUGUUGUUUAGGAGAGACUGUAACAAAGUCGAUAUCUCGAUCUCAAUUUGUACAAGUUAUCACAAACAUCAGAUCUUUAUUUGGAGAUUCAAUCAGGACAUUUGAUACAAA